AUUUCGCAACAGCCGACGUUUUUAUCGGUUAUAAAAUGUCACGGUUCCAACCGUCUACAUGUAUGAACGCCCUUAGAUUAAGUGUCAACACGCAACUUUGUUACUUAUGACAAAUGUCAAAAUUGUAGUUUCAAAGUCUUUUAACUUCAUGCCGAAACUCAAGCAAUAAAUAUUUUUUAUUUAUAAAUACAUAUUAGCUAAUCUAUGUUGAGUUUAAGAAUAAAUAAAACAUUUUUAAAUCAUUUUAAUCUUAAAAAAAUUCUGACUGCACAAAUGAAUACGGUUGAGGUAAUGAAACUCGCACAAUUAUGCAUUCCUGCACUUGAUAAUAGCAAACAUAAAGGUCAAGCUGGUCGAAUAGGAAUUAUUGGGGGUUCAUUAGAAUAUACAGGAGCACCUUAUUUUGCAGGAAUAAGCGCACUUAAAGUAGGGGCUGAUUUAGUUCACAUAUUUUGUGCAUCACAAGCAGCUACUGUUAUUAAAUCUUAUAGCCCAGAGUUAAUUGUUCAUCCUUUAUUAGAUGAUGAGAAUGCAGUUGAAAAAAUUUCUCCUUGGUUUGAAAGAUUGCAUGUCAUUGUUAUUGGACCAGGUUUAGGCAGAGAUAGCAAUAUUUUUUCAGUAACAGCUGAACUCAUAGAAGUCAUUCGUGAAAAACAAAUACCUUUAGUUUUAGAUGCUGAUGGUUUAUAUCUUAUUACUGAGAAUUGUAAUCUGAUACAAGAUUUUCACUCUCCCAUAAUAUUAACUCCAAACAAGAUAGAAUUUGAACGUCUGUCUAAUAAAAUAGAUAUAUCAUCUAAACUAAUUCACGAAGGUAGCAAUAUAACAAUUUUAAAAAAGGGGGAAUUUGAUGAGGUGCUGAGUCCUGUAGCUAAUGUUCAGUGGAAUUCAAAUAUUGGUGGUUCUGGUAGAAGAUGUGGCGGUCAAGGAGAUAUUUUAUCAGGUUCCCUUGCUACAUUUUUGCACUGGACUUUAAAUGCCAAGGAAAAUAUUUGCAUUGGAGAGCUUGAUAAACAAUUUAUAGCAUCAUCAAUUGCUUGUUAUGCUGCAUCACUACUUGUUAGGAAAUGCAAUGAGGAAGCUUUUAAAAGAAAAGGACGGAGUAUGUUAGCCACUGAUAUGAUUGAGUAUAUACAUACUGUUUUCAAUGAGUUUUAUGAAAAAUAAAUAAAGGCAUUGUAUAUUAUUUGGUGUAAGGAUAAAAAUUAUAAUUACUAUGUAUUCUUAUGUUUUAUGUAAUUAAAAUAAUCAAUUUUUCUA